AUGUGUUUCUGCCACGUCUCAUCUGCCGUCUCUAGCUUUCACAUCUGCUCCCUUCUCUCAUGUGCCAUCUCUUCUUUUGGAAUAACCCUACACGUCAGCAGCAGUGCUGACAUCAGCAGGGUCGCAGUACUCCCUGCAGCACUCCCGCCUCUCCACGGCUCACCAGCUGCUGGUGCUGCUGCAGCGAGGGGACGUAACGGACAGCUGCUGGCGCUGCUGCAGCGAGGGGACGUGGCGGACAGGUUUGGGCUGGGUGGGUGGAUGGGUUUGGGUUGGUGGGUGUAUGGGUUUGGGUGGGUCCCUCUUGCGUGUCCCGUCACUUUCAUGCCUCUUCCAUGUCCCUCUUGCCUCGUGUCCCUCUUGCCUCGUGUCCCUCUUGCCUCGUGUCCCUCUUGCCUCGUGUCCCUCUUGCCUUCUCUCGCCUCCACCCUCUCGCCUGUGUUGGCUCACCUCUACUGUGGUGGCUCACCUCUACUGUGGUGGCUCACCUCUACUGUGGUGGCUCACCUCUACUGUGGUGACUCACCUCUACUGUGGCUCAUCAUCAUCCUCGGCUCUCUCUUCUUCUUCCUCGUCUGCUCCUUCAUCGUUGUCUCUCGCGUGCCAUCUCCUGAACUCUAUCCUCCUCUCCUCCACCUCCCUCCUCCUCUCCACCACACACUCCGUCCUCUCCCCCAUACUCUCCCUCUUCUCAUCCCUCCUCACCGCUCUCGCGUCCUCCACCCUCCCCACCCUCGCCUCUCUCUCCUCUUCCUCUCUCACCCUCGGCAUCGUCCUCUCUCCUCUCCCUCCACCACACACUCCAACCCCUCCUCUCGCCUCCCGUGCCUCCUCUCCCUCCUUCCGCACCUUCUCCCAUGCCCUCACCCUUUCCCCCUUCCUCCCCCUCCCCACCCAUCACGACCACCACUAUUCGCUCCUCCUCGUCCCCCUGCAUCUUUCCCAAUCCUUCUCCCUCAUCCGCCUCCUCUGUCCCUCCUUCAAACCCAUCUCAACCGCACACGCCUUCUGAGGCGCCUCACGCACCAAGCGGGCCACAAGCAACAACAACAGCCGCCAUUGGUCGCCAAGUCCCCAUGCCUGAAGCACCUCCUCUUGCUCAUCCGCCUCCCCCCUGCCACCCACCGUGCUGCCUACUACGGGUCUCCUGAUGUUGGAGAUUCACCUGCUGGGGAUUCACCUGCUGGGGAUUCACCUGCUGGGGAUUCACCUGCUGGGGAUUCACCUGCUGGGGAUUCACCUGCUGGGGAUUCACCUGCUGGGAAUUCACCUGCUGGGGAUUCACCUGCUGGGGAUUCACCUGCUGGGGAUUCACCUGCUGGGGAUUCACCUGCUGAGGAUUCACCUGCUGGGGAUUCUCCUGCUGCUGCGCCUGUGAGUGGUGGAGGAAGGGAGGAGACUGCAGAGGGUGGGGGAAGGGAGAGGGCGAAUGGGGGAUUGGAUGGAGAGGGUGGGAGUGAGGAGGAGGGCAGAGAGGGAGUGGGCAGAGAGGAGGCGAGCAGGGCACAUGUGGGUUGGCAGGUGGCAGUGGCACGUGUGAUGCACACUCUGAAUCUGCUGCAGCCUUUCAAGGCUCAGGCGGGUGGUCGGAUGGUAGGGGGUGCAGGUGGGGAUGUGGGUGGUGAGGUGAAUCAAGUCGCUGUUGGGGGUUUCUGA